AUGGCUUUCCUGUCGAGGUUCUCCAGGAAUGGCACCAGGUCACCGAGCCGGGGCUCACGGGAAGAGCGCAACAACCGCCCCAUCCUCAGCGUCUUCGAGCUCGAAAGGUUGCUGUACACGGGAAAGACAGCCUGUAAUCAUGCUGAUGAGGUCUGGCCAGGACUCUACCUGGGCGAUCAAGAUAUAGCGGCCAACCGGCGCGAGCUGGCUCACCUGCGCAUCACCCACAUCCUCAACGCCUCGCACAGCAAGUGGAGGGGGGGUGCUGAGUACUACGAGGGCACGGGCAUCCGCUACCUGGGCAUCGAGGCCCAUGACUCACCUUCCUUCGACAUGAGCCCCUACUUUUAUCCUGCAGCUGACUUCAUCCACCAAGCGCUGAAUGAAGGAAGGAUCCUUGUGCACUGUGCUGUCGGGGUGAGCAGGUCGGCCACCUUGGUCCUCGCCUACCUCAUGAUCCGCCACCACAUGCCCCUUGUAGAAGCCAUAAAGACGGUCAAGGACCACCGCGGUAUCAUCCCCAACCGGGGUUUCUUGCGCCAGCUGGUCGCCCUGGACAAUGCCCUGAGGCUGAAGAGGAGUGCGUGA